AUGACUUCCCUGACUAAUGCCGUGUUCAAACGAUACCUGGCAGUGACUCCUAGCGCUCACCAAGCUCUUAAAACGAGAAUUAAGAAAAAGUCGUCAUCUUUCGAUAAGUUUUUCCCACAGCAAAGCAAUAGUAGAAAAAAACAAUGGGAAACGUUGAAUGAAGACAAAGCGUCGUGGUUUAAAAGGAAAUACGCUCACGUACAUGCUAGGGAACAGGACCGUGCAGCGGAUCCAUAUGGCAAGAAAAAGGCCCACGUCGAGAAGCUAAAGGAGAUCAAGAAUCAGGCGAAAUUAAACCAAAAGAGCCAUAAAUCCAAGUUCCAGAAUAAGGACAUUGCUCUGAAACUUAUGAAUGAUAAUCCUAUCUUCGAAUAUGUCUACGGCACCAACAGCGUUUAUGCAGCGUUGCUGAACCCGAGUAGAAAUUGCCAUUCUCGGUUGCUGUACCAUGGCACUAUUCCUAGUAAAUUUCUUCAGAUAGUCGAUGAACUGAAGGUUACGACAGAGCUGGUGGACAAGCACAGAUUAAACUUGUUGACCAAUUACGGGGUGCACAAUAACAUUGCUCUUGAGACAAAACCUUUGCAGCCUGUGGAGAUUGCGUACCUAGGCGACAUGGACACCAGUUCAGCAGCAUUAAGCAUUCACGAGCUGGGCUUCAAUAACGAAAAUAUACCUCAUGAACUGCCUUAUGGUACGAAAACAGACGCUAAGAAGUUUCCUCUCGGGUUAUAUCUGGAUGAAAUAACUGACCCUCACAAUAUCGGUGCCAUUAUUAGAAGCGCUUACUUCCUGGGGGUUGACUUCAUUGUGAUGUCGAGAAGAAACUGCUCUCCUUUGACGCCUGUGGUGUCCAAGACAAGCAGUGGGGCCCUCGAACUUCUGCCCAUAUUUUACGUUGAUAAACCGUUAGAGUUUUUUACUAAAUCACAAGAAAUGGGUGGCUGGACGUUUAUUACAAGCCACUUAGCUAAUGCCACGUCAGAAAAAUACACUGUUGGAAAAACUAUUAGCAUGCACGAUUUGAACGGAUUAUGUAACGAGCUGCCUGUUGUUCUAGUGGUGGGGAACGAAAGCCAGGGCGUAAGAACGAAUUUGAAGAUGAGGAGUGACUUCUUCGUCGAAAUUCCCUUUGGUGGCAUUGAGAAAGGCAAUCGGGCCCCAGAACCCAUUGUUGACUCACUAAACGUAAGCGUGGCUACUGCAUUGUUAAUAGAUAAUAUUCUAACUUGUAAAUAA